CAUAGGCGGAGAAAGCAAGCUGCCGUCAGAAGUCUCUUAUCUUCUUUACUAUUUUUUACUCCCUUCUGCUUUUGCAGGUUUUGUUAAGUUUUUCAAUAAAGUAUGGCUUGCAAAUACACUACUUCGUGGUCUUUUCGGAAUAACAUUUUAUACAGGACCGGUUCGGUUCUGGUUCGGUUCUUGACAGGAACCGAACCGUAUUUUCUCGGUUUCGGUUCGGUUCGGUUCCGGUUCUACGGUUCUGAUACGGAUCCCUACUU